CCUUGGUGUCGAUCAGGAGUCAUUGCAAAAUGCAGAGCCACAGUGUGACUUGCCUGGGGGGCAGCUCCAGUCCGGCCAAUUCUGCCGCUGCUUCAGGCUUGCCCUGUGGGAGGGCAACAGCUCCCUGUCCGUCCGUCCGCCCCCACCCCCCAUGGUAAAAUAUUUGUCUAUAGGGAGUAAAGUUGGCAGUUAGUUAAGUAAUCAAAGAUGGCAUCCUACUUAGCACAAGAAGUUCAGCUUGCUAGAAGACAUGACAAGAUACUCUCUCAGAGAUUGGUAUUGCUACAGCAGAUGGAGAAUCAUCUAGGAGACAAAAAGACUGAAAAGAUGUCGCAAACACAAGCAGCUGAUGCAGCUUAUAAAAGAAAUGCAGCACUUUUAAGUGAUAUAGAAGCAGCAGAAAAGAGGUUGCAAGCAAGAGUACACCUACAGCCACAUCCUGAUAUUGUUAAGCUUGAAACUCUCUAUUGGGCAUCAGUAGAAGAAUCUAUUCCUAAGUGGGAGCAGUUUCUUUUAGGAAGAGCACAAAUGCCUGUUGGUUUUAAGAAAAAGAAAUCUACAAAGUAUAACAUAAGUCACCCAGAAGGAGCUGCACAAAGAUAAAGAGAAAACCUUUGACUUCAAUGGGCAAAAUAAUGCUAUCCGGACAACAGUGUGUCAGGCCAUUAAAUUGCCAUUUAAAUUUAUGUAUAUGAAAAUGAAUCAUGUUUGAUGGGUUUUUUUCCAGUUGUAUCUGUGUGGAAGAGUUCAGCUAAACUGUAGUCUGCCAGCUUGAGGAGGCACAGAAUAACAUUUCUCCUGGUGGGAGGAACAGUCCUUCUUGAAAGUGACUUUAUAAGAUCAGAAAUUAGACACUGGUCUAUGGAAGCCCACCAGUACAAUAGCCUCUUUAAGAUGACAAGAAUUUUAGGUUAUGUAUAAUCCUUCACUUUUGUAUUUUUAAGUACCUUGUAUAUGAAUCUACCUUUAUUUUCUUGAACCUCCUUGGCCAUGGGGGGAAUUUAUUCUGGGAAAGGCAGGCAAUUUACAUCAGGCUGAGGGGAAAGCUUUAGUUUAUGGCUGGUAUCCUCUAUAGGAGCCCAGUGGUAAAGGGUGGAGAGGGCACAUAUUUAAUCUUUAUGUCCCCUGUUUUCCCUGACCAUGUCAGUGACACUGAUUUUUUUAGGGGGGAGGAGGAUGGCGAGGGGCUGUGUUGGUCUUGCCCAUAAGCAAUUGCAAUUUCUGUUCCAUUAACCACUGCUGCAGACUUCCCAUAUUAGGUUCUGUGCCUGGUUUGCGAAAGCAGAAGCCAAUGCGAAUUUGGGUUGAAUCCAGCCAUGAAGUUCAUUUUACAGACAUUGAAGUAACAAACAUUAGUAUUAUAUUUUGACCAUGUUUCCUUUGUAGUUUUAAGCCAUUGCUUUGUGUCACUUUCAUUUUGUUAAUGUAAGCCAGAGACACAAUUUAUGGAUUAGGGCAUGGGAGGUGUGGAGGAACCAGACAGAAAGUCAGCCCAACUGAGCGUCCCAAAGAUCACAGAUACUGGAAUAAGAAGGGGGGACGCUUGCUUUCUAUCGCAGAUUGAGGACAGUUUCUCAGCCUCUGCCUACAAACAUGGAAGGCCAGCCGGUGUUUUUUUGCUUGCAUAUUGUUAAUUAUUUGUAUUCUCUGAGUGCCUAGGAGCCUUCGUCACAGGACUCCACUGUGCUAGGUGCUGUACAAAUACAGAACAAAAAGACAGUCCCUGCCCCAGAUAGCUUACAGUCUGAGGCUAACCCCUUGAUAAAUUAGUGUGCCUGGGAGUCACCGUCCAUUGCUUCCUCAUGUUUGUAUAUAUUGAAAGGCCGAAUUCAGAGAGAAAUCUUUUCAAGUAAAUUACUUAGAAGUCUUUGUGCUUUUUCACUCUUCCAUAGCAAGGAAGCAUGGUGGACUUUGGCGGGGGGGGGGUUUCCUCUAGAAUGGGAUUUGAGUCAAGAGGAUCAAUAGAAACCAAUUUCAAUAAAGGGUGGUUACUACUUCCUUAGGGCAAGAAGAAUUCAUGUACAUAGUUAUGAAAUGGGGCCACACAAACCACUCCAGUUAGCUAUAGGCUAACCAAAUUAAUUACCAGGAACUAUUAGGAAUGAUGAGCCCUCACCCCCUUAUUUGCUGUUAGGGGUUUGUCUUUCCCCUACCUCCCCAUUAAGUUUGGAGCGGGGGGUAACCUUGUCCCUAUAUCUGAUUUUUGUGUUAUGGGUGUAUGAUCUAACAGCACCUUUCUUCUACUCCAUGACCAACCUCUGCAUAAGUGUCACAGCUCUUUACACUGCUCCAUAAGGAAGGUGCACCUUCCGAAUUUUGCACCUAGAGCAUUUUGUGAAUUUAAUUAAUCGAAUAGGAUUUAAUUAUCCAGUGCUGACUGGCUGUUAGUGAGGAAUUCAUUGCCCCUCAAAAUAGGGAGCAGCCUCUCCAGCUGGAGACCACAGGAAGUCUGAACAGUUUGCAAGGGCCAACACCUGCAGAAGCUAUUUUCUGCUAGAUCAGGCUCUUAGUUUGCUGAAUUUAAAUCACUCAAAGAUUCACCCAAAAAAAAAUUCCCCCUAGCUACACUUUAAAAUGAUUUUACAUGUUCAAAGUUUAUAUGAAACUUUUUCUAUUGAAAUGUCCAUUUUAAACUGAUAAGUUUUUACAGAAACUGCCAUGUUAGAAAUAUCCUGUUGAGUGGGUGUUGGUGUUUGUAACAAUAACGUUGUUUUCAAAAUAUGUGAUGGCAGAUUAGCACGCUUCUCUGCAGUGUUGUUAACAGUUGUAAUUAAGGAAUAAACAGUAAAGGGUGUCAGUCCGAUGACAAUUCCAUCUAUAGUGUCACAAUACAAAAUGUCACAAAAUAUUAGAACUGUUAUAUAACUACAAAAAUAUCAAAUUAGGCUUUCAUCUUAGAAGCAGAAAGCUUAAAAAAAACUGGCAUAGAGACUGUUGCAAUUUUAUACCUACUCAUUGUUCUGUCACAAAGACAAAUUGGUAAUAUUUUGUUCUAUAAGAUUACAAAGUGAUUCUCAGCCAUACCGUUGAUUUAACAGUAGUGUGUACAGAUUUUCAGUUCUGAAAUUGUAAAUCCAGCCAGAUGCAGAAGUGAUAGAAAAGGAACAAUUUUUAUACAUCAAAGGGGUGCUUUUUGAAAGGGGCAAAGGAAGUUAGGUUCCCAAAGAGGAAGGAUGAGUCAGUGGUUAGUUCAGCAGCAAGAGACCUGGAUUCAAUUCCCUGCCUUGCCACAGACUUUCAGGGCAACAUCCACAAAAGCAUUUAGAUAACUAAUUGCAUGUGCCCAACUUGAAAAUUGAGAUCCUUAAAUUUGUGGUCAGCUGCUGCCCCACCCAGUAGGUGCCUAAAUUCCAUGGGUGCUGACGUUUCUGUUGGUGCUCAAGCGCAAAUCCACCUUAAGUCCUGAUACCACCAAGCUGUUCAGCAAGCUCAUGCCUAAGGCCCAGCAGGAUUCACAAAGUAAGCAUUUCCACUGCCUAUCUUGCCGCCAAGGCCCGAGCUGGUACGAAUUCCCAGAGUAUGUCCAUUCAGCAACUAGACACCCGUGUCUGGCCCAUGCCAGGCCCGUGCCAGCUGACCUGGGCUUGUGGGGCUCAUGCUGCAGGCUGUUUCACUGCUGUGUAGACAUCUGGACUCAGGAUGGAGCCCGGACUCAGGAUGGAGCCCAGACUCAGGACCGUUCAAGGUGGGAGGCUCUCCGAAGGCUACAUAGCAGUUAAACAGCUCUGCAGCCUGAACCCCAUGAGUCCAAAUCACCUGGAACGGGCCAGCUUCAGGUUUUUCUUUGCUGUGUACACGUACCCUCAGAGGCCCCCUUAGAAGCUCCCAAUGAAAGAGGAUGGGAGUUAAGUUCCUACCUCCCAUUCGUGCUUUUGACAGUCUCUCCCUGAAAUUUGAAAAUAAUGAAGUAGUAUUCAACCACAGUGAAAUUUAUAUCUGUUUCAGUUAAUCUGAAAAUGACAACUAAACACAUGGUGAAAUUGUGAAAUGUUGAUUCAGGGAAAGAAUCACAUUCCCAGACUUAGGGUGUCUGAUUUAUGUAGUUAACAGCUCCAGAUAUUUUAACAUUCAUUUAUUUUAGUUAAUUUCAAUCAAUUAAACCAAACUAGGUCUUUUGGAUUGUAAUUCAGUAAGGAUUUUAUAGUGUGCAGAAUGUUGAAGCUUAAAUUGAAAACAAUACUGAUGAUGCUAAACUCAUCCUCCCUUCAGAGACUUAGGAAAUUGAAAUUCCAUAUUGUUCAGAGGGUAUGGCCUUGGAAGCAGCGGAAGUACAGCUACGCUAGUGCAUGGAAAAUUGUAAGGAAAUAUAUCUAUUCAAUGCAGGAAAAUCCAUAGAACAAGAACAGGAGGAAAGCAUCCUGAACUGAGAAAGCAAAAGAGGGCACGUUACUGCUUGUACCACUGUAACCCAAAGUGGUAAGAAAUUAGCACAUACAGAGAUUGUACAUGGACCACGUGGAACAAUAAAGGAAAUGGGGCAGAGAGGCAAACCGCAGGGCAUCUGAGAUGAACAAAUAGGGGUGAUUCUCUCUCCUUCGCUUGAUCGCAGAGCUCAGGGCCUAUUGUCAGCACUGAGGACAAUCAUGCUGUCGCUCAUGCAGCACUUAAUAGACCUUGUCAACCACCCUAAUAUAUUGCUAAGGUUACUGUUGGUCCUGUGUGCCUUAAGUUGCCGUGUAUCUUGGCCCUGAUUCAAGACAGCACUGGAAUGUUGCCUAACUUUAAGCAUGUGCUUAAGUCUUACUGACUCCAGUGGGAUUUAAGCCUGUGCUUAAAUGUGGUCCUGAAUAGGUUUCAGAGUAAUAGCCGUGUUAGUCUGUCUUCGCAAAAAGAAAAGGAGGACUUGUGGCACCUUAGAGACUAACCAAUUUAUUUGAGCAUGAGCUUUCGUGAGCUAUAGCUCACUUCAUCGGAUUUAUACCGUGGAUACUGCAGAAGACAUUAUAUACACAGAGAGACCAUGAAACAAUACCUCCUCCCACCCCACUGUCCUGCUGGUAAUAGCUUAUCUAAAGUGACCACUCUCCCUACAAUGUGCAUGAUAAUCAAGGUGGGCCAUUUCCAGCACAAAUCCAGGUUUUCUCACCUCCCCACCCCCAUACACACACAAACUCACUCUGCUGCUGGUAAUAGCUCAUCCAAAGCGACCACUCUCCCUACAAUGUGCAUGGUAAUCAAGGUGGGCCAUAGGGAUGCUGUCCUGAGCCAGGGCCAUUAUUUGGAACAUAUGAUUCCAAGUAGUCAGCCACAUCUCUGACCCCGCAUCACCUUUUAUUUUUUUAAUUAGCCCAUGUAGUUUCCUUUCAGUUCGUAAGUGCUUUUUCACUCAGCACAUGCUGCCCUACAUGCUGUUCUCUCAGGUUCUCCCUUCUGGUCCUUUUACUGCUAGUACUACAACUUAAGCCACAUAGUCCAUGACAAGCUCCUGGCUGAAAAAUAUUCUUAAUUGAGAAAAGCAAUGGGGAAAACAAAUGACUUUACUGUAUGUGGAUUAGCGCUUGUGUGUCUCAUAAGAAGGAAUACUGAAUCACCUUAUUUGUUAAGUUUAUGUUCUGAUGAGUAACCAUUGUACUGACCUAAGAACACAGCCUGAUUCAUGCCCACGUUGUCACCUCCACCACCACAUUUCCUUAGCUGUAUACUUUCUUGAUCACUGGGGAAAGCAGUGCAGUUAGGUAUUUCUUUGGGAUGAGAAAUUCCUUAUUCCUGAAUACUUUCUCGAGCCUUUUGUUAUUUUCGUAUAAGAUAUUUAUAAAAUAAGAGUUUUUAUUAAAUUUUAGUUGCAUUGCAUCCAUGGUUGUUUAUAUUCAAGACCAUAUUUUCAUUCAGGCUUCAAGCUAGAUUCUGCACUGGAGACUGCAGUUUUACACACACACACACGCACAUGGGUGUGAUGCUCAAACUGCUUUUGUGCAUGCAAUUCAAGUAGUUAGAUGUCUAAAUGCUCAGUUUGGACUUCUGUGCAUUAAACAAUAUUUUAAAAAUCUGACUCUGAAAUUGAGUGUAAUCUUAGAGAUUGCUUCUGAAAAUGUAGCCCUUAAAAAUUAUUUACUACAAAACUAAAGUUUUUAAAAUAUUCAUAUUAUUUUAAUAAUUCAGUACAUGUACAGCUAAGAUACAAGAUAUUACUUAGCCUUAGGAAUUCUCUAAAGAUUUAAAGCAGUUAUGCAAUUUUAAAAUAGAGCGAACAAAUUUCAUAAAUAUGUCUUAUGUAUCCAAAGACCAGAUCCAGGGAAAACGUGUUUUUAAAGUUGCAGUAAGGAGUGAUCCACAUGGCACAAUGAUUACUUUUGUGUAUUCUUAUGCUAUGUCAGAUGUAUAGCUUACAGUAGAAAAGGAGCUAUUCUGGCUCCAAAAGACCAGUAAGGCAAUCCCACUGAUUUAACGGGGGUUGUUUGAAGUGCAAAGCAGUGCUGAGUUUGGCCCAGUAAAUACACAUACAAGAGAGCAGCUGCAAAAAAAAAAUUGCUUGUUUAAAAUAAUAUUCCUUCUCCUGAGUUCUCAUUUGACGCUGAAUUGAAAAAGUUAAACUGCUGUAUGGAGAUCAGAAUUUCAGAAGUUUAUUGCUAAGAAAUCCCAUAUUCUUGCCAAACCUAAAGUGGAGGUGAUCUAUGGAGUCACAUUUUUGUUUCACAACAACACAAUUAAGUAUUUGAUUAUCUAAGCUGUCAUCUUACCAGCAAGAUAUGGAUAUGGAUUUUUAAAAUGCCCCUGUGGAAGACACAGAUGCAAGAACAAUUCCUUUUUGGAUCCUCCUGCAGUGUGAAGUUUUUGUCUUUGCAAUAUGUAGUACCAUUUACAUUGGGAAUUCGUUAUUCUUUCAAAAACAAUGCUAAAAAAGCUCUUGAGAAUGCUGUAACCUGCACCCAGGGCAUAUAUAAUCUUCUGGUUGUUUUUUGUGAGAUCCACAUCACAGGAGUUUGUCACUGAUCUAUAUUACAUAUGUAGUAAUAAUGAAUUUAAUCAUCGCCUUUCAUAACUUUUCACCUAGGAAUUAUUCUUAAUUCCUUCCUUCCUUAAUUCUUAAUGAUCUUAAAAAUUAUUGGGUUUGUUCUUUCUCCUGAUUCCUAAUCAUAGCACUUACCAAAGGCCCCUAUUUGAAAGGCCACUGAAUACCAAGAAGUUUGUUUACAUCGUGCUCUUGAAAGAAAUACAAGCCCAGCCAGAUUUCAUAUGAUUGUUUUGUAAAUAUAUUGUAAAUUAAUAAAAAUAAUUUUUAUUCUCCUUUAAAUUAA